GGCUCUCCGAAUAAGCCCACUGGCCCUCAGGGGCCGCAGUAGUCCUCUCCGAGCCCCUGGGCCCCCGGGUGGCCAGGACAAGCUGAGAUUCACCUGGGAGAGAGCAGCAGGGUUGAAACCAGGUGUCCUGCUCCCCACGACCCAGUCCCGGCCCUAGGGCCACGCCUUGCUUCUGCCUCCCUCCCCUCGGAGAAGGCACACUUUCCACUCCGCUGGGAGCCAGGAAAGGAUGAGAAUGUGUCUCAAGGAUGGUGACUGCUCUGGGGAAGCUCCCCGUGGGGAAGUGGGGCAGCUUCCGUCUGCCCAGCCUGCACACGAGCAUGGAUGGUGCCACCCACGUCAGGCCGGGGCUGAGAGCACCGGCCCUGUGGGCACACGGACCUGAGUUCUAAUUCUAGUUUCACAGCUUCGAGCUUGGCGGCAUUGGGUAAGAGACUUACCCUCCCUGAGCCCCCGGUCCACCUUGUAGGAAAUGGAAUUGCUGACCUCCCAGGGUCGCUGUGGGGGCUGAAUGAGACAAAGGCGUCAGGCACCCAGGAGCUGCUCCACAAGUGGGGGCCACACCCUCAUCUUCCCACACUGGCCCGCAAGGGCUGGGGUUGUAUCCUGCCAGUGAACUCACUGGGACCCUGGAGAAACACCACAUUUCCGCUCUAGGCCCUGGGUCUUCCUUUGUGUAAGGAGGACACUGGACAGCUGACCCCAGGGGCUCCUUCCUGGCCUGAACUUCCGGAGCCACAAGGAAUCAUAUUAUCCUCAAAUACACAUGGCAGAAGAGGGGGCUGCCCUCAAGGUCACCAGGGACCUGAAAGCUGCUGUCUCUGCCAUCCUCCAGGGCUACGGGGGCGGGCAUCGGGUGACAGACGCCAGCGCUGAGCUGCACAGACUCUGUGGCUGCCUGGAGCAGCUGCUGCAGUUUGACCAGAAGCAGCAGAAGAGCUUCCUGAGGCCGCGGAAGGAUUACUGGGACUUUGUCUGCGCUGCCCUAUGGCAGCAGCGGGGGAACACGGAGCCAGCCCGCUUUGUCCAUUCACAGGACAGGUUGAAGACCCCCCUGGGGAAAGGCCGUGCCUUCAUCCGCUUCUGCCUCGCCCACGGACAGCUGGCCGAGUGGCUGCAGCUCUGCCUCCUGAGCCCACCGCUCACCAGGGAAUGGUAUGGCCCCCGCAGCCCUCUGGUGCACCCUGACCUCCAGGAGGACAUCCUGGACUCCCUCUAUGCUCUCAAUGGGGUGGCCUUCGACUUGGACCUGCAGCGGCCAGACCUGGACGGGGCUUGGCCCAUGUUCUCAGAGUCCCGCUGCUCCAACUCCAGCCGGACCCCGGGAAGAAGACCCAGAAAAAACAGAGAUUCCCCAAAGGAGACCUCAGCUGUGCGUGGGAGCCCCAAAGGAGUCCUGCCGGAGGAGCCGCACACCAGCCAAGCCAGCAGUCUGCAAGAUGCACCCGCAGACCAGUUGGCUGGACUCCUCACAUCCCAGCAAAAUGGGCAUCUUCCCCCCUUUUUGGAAGUGAAGAAAGACGAUCCGAGAAGCCUCGGGGUCCCCCACAGCAUGUGGGAACCAGAGGGGGAGGAGCCGCAGCAAGACCAGGACAUGGGAGCCCCAAGGGCGAGCCUCUGCCUGGGAAACUCAACACUCAGCAUCCAGGGUCAGGGGGAGGGGGCCAGGCGGGCUCUGAAGGAGGCGGUAGAGACAGAGUGUGAGGGCAGAGGGGUGCUGCUGAGUGCAGGGGGUCAGAGAACCACAGAGGGGACUCAUGAAAGGGAGGCAGAGUGGGGUCAUGUCCAGAGGCUGCUGGUCUCCGGCUCCAGAGGGACAAAUGAAGACACAAUGUCAAGGAGCAGAGGGGAGGGCAAGGUGCCUGGCAUCCUGGGGGAGCCCAGCGUCCUUCAGAGCCCAGGAGUGAAGGGAGGCUCCGCCACCGAGAAGCCACAGGAGCAAACAGGAGUGACCAGUGUGACCAGGACAGAAGAAGAGGGACCAGACGUGGCCUUGCAAGAUGCAGUCGAGAGCCUCAGACAUAGGCUCCAGAAGACCAAGGAGCAAGCCCAGCACCAGGAGCAACUGCGGAAGGAGCAGGACAUGCAGCUGAAGGCACUGCAGGAGCAGCUCACCAGGUGUCAGGAAGAGAGAGCCCGGCUGCAGGCGGAGCUGGAGCAGAAGCAACGGGAGGCUGAAAGGAGGAGCGCCGUGUACGAGGAGGAGCUCCAAGGGCAGCGGGACCUGGUCCAGGCCAUGAAGAGGCGGGUGUUGGAACUGAUUCAAGAGAAGGAUAACCUGUGGCAGAAGGCUCAGCACCUCUCUUCCGUGGCCCCUGGAUGCUGUAUCGGCUGUAGCAAGGUCUUUGGCCGGCUGUCUCGGCGGUACCCAUGCAGGCUGUGUGGAGGCCUGGUUUGCCGUGCCUGCUCUGUGGGUUACAAGAAGCAAGAGCACCGCUGCCCAUCCUGUGCCCAGAAAGGAGAAGCCCAGGGCGUCUGAUCAAGACCCACCCAGAACUGGCCAUCCCACCCCACCUCCCCUCCGCCCUCCCAGAACCUGUGGUCAGACCGGCAUUGCCUUCCAGAACUUGGUCACUGAAGGCGGACAGCACUUGAGUUGCCAGACUGGGGUGCGGAGGAUGGAAGGAGCCAGGUCAGCAGGCAGGAGACAGGCUCCAGCCCUGCAUCCGCCACUGAAGAGCUGGGCGACUUUGUCAAAGCUCUCCGCUCUCCAGACGUUCUCCUGUAACACGCGGAAACAUCAGGCACCGUCCGCUCUGAGGUCGGUUUGGGUUCAGAAAGCCCUUGACUGCGCAUAAGACCCGACAGCCUGACUUUCUUCUCCACGUGCCCCCUCACCCAGGCCACCCCUCACGGUAGUGCCCCGUCUCCAGGUCCUCAGGACCUUCCUGUCUGGGGUCUGCUUCAGGGCCUGUUGUUGUUCUGUUUUGUUUUUAACAGCUUUCCCAAGGUUCUACUAACAUAUAAUACACCACAUAAAUUGAACAAUUUGAUGACUUUUGACUUUAAUUUAUACCCAUGAAAUCGUCACCGUACUCAAAAGAAUGAACACAUCCAUCAGCCCCGAAGUUUCCCCAUGCCCUCCCUCUGUGAUCUCUCCUGCCCCGCUCCUCUCCCCAUCCCCAGGCAACGGCUUACCUGCUUUCUGUCACUAGAAACCAGCUUGCAUUUUCUAGAUUAUAUAUAUCCACAUAUAUAUAAUU